CUCCUCACCCUAUUAUUCCUCCUUUUACACUCCUUUUCUCUCUCUGACCUCUUUCUUUUUGUCCAAGUUUUACAUUUCAAUAUCAUAUUGAUUCCCUUCUUCCCAUCCUCCAUUUCAGAACCUUCUCUUCUGGUAAAUUUGAUCUGAUUAUUCUCUCUUCAAUCCUCAUACAAAAUCAAAGAAAAUGAGUUGCAAUGGUUGCCGAGUUCUUCGAAAGGGUUGCAGUGAAUCAUGCAUCUUACGACCUUGUCUUCAAUGGAUCGAUACCCCUGAAUCUCAAGGUCACGCUACCGUUUUCGUCGCUAAAUUCUUCGGUCGUGCUGGUCUUAUGUCCUUCAUCUCUAAUGUCCCUGAUUCUCAACGACCUGCUUUAUUCCAGUCUCUUCUGUACGAAGCAUGCGGCCGCACUGUAAAUCCCGUUAGUGGCGCCGUAGGUUUACUAUGGACCGGUAACUGGCACGUCUGUCAAGCUGCCGUUGAAACUGUUCUCCGAGGUGGGACCCUCAGACCGAUAUCCGAGUUUCUUAUCGGAGCUCCAACAUCUCCUGUUCCGGCUACUACGGAUGCCGCCGAUGACAACUCCGAGAUUGUUUGUCCUUCUAGAACAAACAACGCCAACGCAUGGAAGAAACAGAUUAGUGCAAGUGUAACCAUGAUUCAACAACAGUAUCAAAAGAAUUCACAAUUCUCUGCUCCUAGAUUUACAAACAGCAAGCGACGUAAACAGGAAGAUGACUGUCACGUGACACAGCUUGAUCUUAGUCUUACACCGCCACCUUUUCUUCACACGCCGCCGUCUCAACGGCCUGGAACGCCGUCGCUGAAUUCUGAAGAAUCGGCUACAACUGUUAGUUUUGAAAGUGAUAAUUAUUAUCAACCUAAAACGUUGAAUUUGUUCGUUUAAUGGUUGAUUCGCGGUAAAACGCAGAGUUUUGUGUUAUCAACCUAACUUAGAUCUAUUAGAUUGGAAAUUUUGUGCUUUUUUAAGAUGUUGAAAUAUGUGGGGGUAUUUUUGGAAAUAGAAUUAAAUUGGGAGAGUAUUGUAAAUGACCGGCAGCAAAGAUUUCUGACCCUAAACGCGAGGAAAGGAAGAUGAAUGCUGUUAGGCGGCGUCUAUUUUUGUUUGCUUUUUUAAAUUUGAUUAUCUUUCUUUGAGGUUUUUCAUUGGUUCGUCACUCUUUUUAUCUGUGACUAUGACUACGUGUAAGGCUAUAUCAGUAAUAAUAAUUCUCUGCUUUUGUUUACAA